CGCUGAUUCUCACUUCUGCCAUCCUUACAGCGGGCGUGAGAGAGAAGUGUUGUCUCGCCACAGACCUGUAGUCUACAACGUAAUUGUUUUUUUGUGUUUUUUUCCUAAUAUUAAGUAAACUAUACAGUGUGUGUAUCUGAGUUAUCAGACUUAGAUCAAUAACAUAGUUUGACCAGCCUUCGUCAGCAGAUAAGAUCGUAACACAGUCCACCAUCAUGCGUGAGGUAAUAUCCAUCCAUGUGGGCCAGGCAGGAAUCCAGAUGGGCAAUGCCUGCUGGGAGCUGUACUGUCUGGAACAUGGCAUCCAGCCUGACGGAACAACAACAGGCGAUGGGCUCAAUGGAAAUGGGGAGAGUUCCAUGCACACAUUUUUCAGUGAAACAGGAAGUGGGAAACACGUACCCAGAGCAUUACUUGUCGACCUGGAGCCAACAGUUGUUGAUGAAGUCAGAACUGGCACCUACCGCCAGCUGUACCACCCAGAGCAGAUGAUCAGUGGGAAAGAAGAUGCCGCCAACAACUACGCCCGUGGUCACUACACCGUCGGCAAGGAAAUUAUUGAUCUCGUUAUUGAUAGGAUCAGGAAAUCAGCUGACCUGUGCAGUGGGCUUCAAGGUUUCCUUAUAUUUCACAGUUUUGGUGGGGGCACUGGAUCAGGAUUUGCCUCUCUAUUGAUGGAGCGACUGUCUGUGGACUAUGGAAAAAAAUGCAAAUUAGAAUUUGCUAUUUAUCCAGCUCCACAAAUGUCAUCCGCUGUGGUGGAGCCGUACAACUCUAUCCUCACCACACACACCAUGCUGGAGCACACAGACUGCGCUUUCAUGGUGGACAAUGAGGCUAUCUACGACAUCUGCAAAAAAAAUCUGGACAUUGAGCGGCCAUCUUUUAUUAACCUGAACCGAUUAAUUGGACAGGUGGUCUCCUCUAUUACAGCUUCCCUCAGGUUCGAUGGUGCUCUAAAUGUUGACCUCACAGAAUUCCAGACAAAUUUAGUCCCCUAUCCAAGAAUACAUUUCCCUAUUGUGACAUAUGCCCCAAUCAUUUCAGCUGAAAAGGCUUACAGUGAGAGAUUAUCAGUAGCAGACAUUACGACUGCUUGUUUUGAACCAGCCAAUCAGAUGGUAGUGUGUGACCCCAGGAAGGGGAAGUACAUGGCCUGCUGUAUGCUCUUCAGGGGAGAUGUGGUGCCCAAAGAUGUGAGUGCAGCCAUCGCCAACAUUAAAACCAAACGAUCGAUUCAUUUUGUUGACUGGUGCCCUACAGGUUUCAAGAUUGGCAUCAACUACCAGCCCCCCACGGUCGUCCCUGGGGGUGACCUGGCCAAGGUGGAGAGAGCCGUCUGCAUGAUGAGCAACACCACAGCCAUAGCGGAGGCUUGGUCCAGGCUCAACCACAAGUUUGACCUCAUGUAUGCCAAGAGGGCUUUUGUCCACUGGUAUGUUGGAGAAGGUAUGGAGGAAGGAGAAUUUCACGAAGCAAGGGAGGAUAUUGCUUCACUGGAGAAAGAUUACGAGGAGGUCGGAGCUGACUCGGUUGAUGCAACGGAGGAUGCUGGUGAUGAAUACUAGAUGACAGUGUCAUAGCUGACAAAAAUACUAGAUGACAGUGUCAUGGCUGACAAAAAUACUAGAUGACAGUGUCAUGGCUGACAAAAAUAUAAGAGGACAUUUAAACACUGAAAUAAUUUCUAAUAUUUAAAAUCCUGAUUAAAUACUAGUUGAUAUUCAUUCAUUAACACGAAUAAUUUUUUUAACAAGGAAACAUACACUAGAUGACAGUUACAAACAGUUUUAAAACAAAUGACAGAUGACUACAGAAAAUAUUUCAAGGACAUGGACAUACUAAAAUAGGCAAACAAUGGUAAGAUGUCAUUGGUAAAUUAUUGAAAGAUGCUGUUUUGUGUAUUAAUCAAUUUUUUUGUGAUGAUUUGAAAAAAUCAGCUACUUGAUGGUGAAUUGAUUUUAAAUUAAAAUUUGACAGUGUGUGCAAUAAAUGAACGUGUGUGUUACCAUAUUUAUGUCAACUGAAAAAUGAUGGGUGUGUGUGUGUUGUUGGUCAAAUUAUUUAUUCUCGUCAUAUUUUUACUUACUUACAUUGUCUGUUUUUUUUAUAAAAGCCAAUGUCUUGCAUUUCUUAUGCUUGCUCUUAUUGUAUUCAAGUUAGGCCUAUGUGAUGGUUGAGUAUUUUAAAACUUGUUUCAGAACCUGUUGAAAAAGUAUUAAAAUAAAAUUUUAAAACUUGAAA